UCAAAGGGUUUCACAGGCUCCAGCCUUGAGCACAGAUCAGGCUGAGGUGAGUGAAUCCCUGCACACCAUGAGCUGGGUGAGGGCAGGGCAGGCAGAGUGAGCAUCCCCAGGCACACAAGCUCUGGGGUGAGGAGCAGAUGCAGAACCUGGGCUGUGCUGCAGCUGAAAUGUGUAAAUGCCUGUAAAAUCAGCUCCCUGCUCGUUCCUGGCUCUGUCCUUUGCCAAGUCCAACAGGGUCCCAGCUGCUGAAGAUGUCACCCCCCUGCAGCCACAGAAAACCCAAGAAGUUGAUUUACCACCCUGUCUCCCUUCACCAACCUCCUCCAAGACCAUCCCAGUGCCAGUUGCAGCCACAGAGGUGUUGUUGCCACACUCCUGCUGUGUUUGGAAAACAUCCCAACUGUUCUGCUGCCAUCAGCACACGUUUACACUGAUGAAUGGGUUUUGAUGACAAACAUGUGUGCUCUCUUUGAUUCCUGUAUGUUCCAAGAUCAUUUCUUCAAGCUCAGGAGCAGAGUUUAAAGACCAUGACAGCGACUUCUCCUUCCCUGCACUGAGUGUCAGAGCAGCUGUCAUUCUGCCAAGAGCUCCAGAGGCUGACACUGCCUUUGAAGGACUGGAAUUCCACGAUGGAAAUUUGCCCUCUUUGCAGUUUCCCCAGCUCUGGGGCAGAAUUUUCCCUCUUGGUUUGAGACCUGUGAAGGUGAGGGACCAGGAGCGUGAGCCCAGCUGGGAACUGUGCCUCCAGUGGGGAGAAAUGCACCAAAGGAGAGAAGCCAAGGCUGUGGGGAGGGAACAGCUCCGCUCAGCGAGCAGCAGGGCUCUGCUCUCCUCCUGCUCUGGAGCAUGCUGCAGCCACGUGGAGCAGGCGAUGCUGCAGCCAGCCAGGCAGCGUGUGCAGGGCACGUGGCUCGGAGGUGUUGCUCAAGAGAUGCCUUUUUCCUGAACUGCCCGACAAAAAUAAACAGACCGAUAACAACCAGCAGGCUUUGUUCUGGUUUAUCCGGCUGCUGGGAGCGCCUGUGAACUUUGCAUUUCUCCGAUAAACUCUGCGGUUGUAGUGGAUGAUUAACCAGCCCUGGGCUCUUAAAGCAUCCCAUAGCAGAGGGGGUUAACAGGAGCCAGCAGCACGUGGUGCACCCCUGCAUGGAGGGGGAAAGGCUCUGCAGUGCCUCGGGGCAGACCCUGGCAGGCACAGCCCUGGCAGGAUGAGCUCUGGGGGCUGCAGGAGUGCCUGAGCCAGCUGCCCCUGCAAGGGCGUCUCCAUCCCCCGUGGCUGCGGUGACUGGAGGAGCUGUGCUCAGCAUCUGUGACCCACGGGGCAGCAUGAAGCUGAAAGGAGGGCAGCAGGGCAGCUCCCAGGGCCCUGGGGGUGCCAGGGGGAAAAUGACACUUCCCCUGGCGCUGGUGGCUCUGAUCUCUGCCUUUGGCUCUUCCUUCCAGUACGGGUACAACGUGUCUGUGAUCAACUCCCCUGCCCCGUACAUGCAGGACUUUUACAACAGGACCUACCUGGAGAGGACGGGCCUGCCCAUGGACAGGGGCUUCCAGACGCUGCUCUGGUCUCUCACCGUGUCCAUGUUCCCUCUGGGGGGCCUCUUUGGGUCCCUCAUGGUGUGGCCCAUGGUCAACAACUGCGGCCGGAAGGGCACUUUGCUGAUAAAUAACCUCUUUUCCAUCGCUGCUGCAAUCCUUAUGGGAACCUCGGAGCUGGCAAAAACCUUUGAAGUAAUCAUCAUUUCCCGUGUUGUCAUGGGAAUAUUCGCUGGUCUGGCUUCCAACGUGGUUCCCAUGUUCCUUGGAGAAAUGUCCCCCAAAAACCUGAGAGGAGCUGUUGGGGUGGUGCCACAGCUCUUCAUCACCAUUGGCAUCCUUGCAGCUCAGGUCCUCGGUCUCAACAGCAUCCUUGGGAAUGCCAAAGGGUGGCCGGUGCUGCUGGGGCUCACGGGGAUCCCGUCCCUGAUCCAGCUGCUGACCCUGCCCUUCUUCCCCGAGAGUCCCAGAUUCCUGCUCAUCCAAAGGGGCAACGAAGAGCAGGCACGGAGAGCUCUGCAGAGGCUGAGGGGCUGGGAGGACGUGGAUGAUGAGAUACAGGAGAUGUACCAGGAGAACCAGUCGGAGAAGGAGGAAGGGCAGUUCUCUGUGCUCAGCCUGUUCACCUUCAGGGGCCUGAGGUGGCAGCUCAUCUCCAUCAUCGUCAUGAUGGCAGGCCAGCAGCUCUCGGGGGUCAAUGGGGUCUUCUACUACGCAGACAGAAUCUUCGAGUCAGCAGGGGUGCACAGCAGCAGCAUCCAGUAUGUCACCGUGUCCAUAGGGGCCAUCAACGUGGUCAUGACUCUGCUGGCUGUUUUCAUUGUGGAAUCCCUGGGGAGGAGGAUCCUUCUCCUGGCUGGCUUCGUGCUGUGCUCUGCCUCCUGUGCAAUCUUAACUCUGGCCCUCAAUCUCCAGACCACCGUCUCCUGGAUGUCCUACCUCAGCAUAGUGUGUGUCAUUGCCUACAUCAUUGGACAUGCCAUCGGACCCAGUCCCAUUCCUGCUGUGAUGAUCACUGAGAUGUUCCUGCAGUCGUCCCGGCCCGCGGCCUUCAUGGUGGGGGGCUCUGUGCACUGGCUCAGCAACUUCACCGUGGGGCUGCUGUUCCUCUACAUGGAGGCUGGGCUGGGGCCCUACAGCUUCCUCAUCUUCUGCGCCAUCUGCGUCGCCACCAUGCUCUACAUCUUCUUUGUUGUUCCUGAGACCAAGAAUAAAACCUUCAUGGAAAUCAACAGGAUCAUGGCCAAGAGGAACAAAGUGGAGGUUCAGGAAAGCAAAGAGCUUAGAGGUUCCUACCCCCUGAGCAGGCCAGAAGAGAAGAAGUGGCUCUCCAGCAGCGAGAUGUGACCCAGCCGUGUUUGGCCUGACAGGAUCUGCUCAGGAAAACAAACACAGGGAUUCCUCCUUUGAUGCUGAUCUGACAGUCAUGGAGCUGCUAAGGCUGGAAAAGACAUUUAGCAUCAAAUCCAACUGCAAACCUAACGCUGGCAAGUCCUCCUCUUGUUCCAAGGAAAAGGAAAUGUCCCAGCUGUGACCAAGUAGCGGUGGCACGAGCUGAUGUGUGUCCCUGGUGUCCUGGUGACACAUCCAGGGGACACAAGCCAGCCCUUGGGCUGGGCGUGGGGCAGUGCAAGGAGGGCACUGAACUCCUCUGAGGAACUGUCACUCGUGUGUUUGAGGGUCCAGCAAGGGGAAAUGAAAUUCAGUUUGGUACAUCAGCGUGCUGCCCUCUGUUUUGAAAAAGCAGAACUGUUGAGCAGCUUGGCAUGGAUCUUGUGUGGUAGAUGGAGAAUCCUUCACGUGAUUUACUUUAACCUUAGCAAAUCAUGUAUCUAUAAACAUACCUGUGCUCAAGUUUGUGAUAUAUAAGUGUUGGAAAAGG